UGAUAAUAAUUUUUGACAGUGUUAUGAUAAUAAAAAAUACCGAACUUAUAUUAUUGUGUAUUUUCACGUGACAUACCAUCAUCAAUUACUAAUCUCAUAAAUUUUUAAAAAAUGGCAGAAAUAUCUUGGAUAUCCUGUCGUUUGGAACACAGUAGAAUAAAAAAAUUACAAUCAGAAGAAGUUCAAGAUCAUCCAUUAAAACCAGUAACAAUAUCAAUAAUUGAUAAUGGACGUAGUAGUGGUAUACGUAGAGGAACAAUACGUUCAGGUAGUACAAGUUCAUCAACUGGUACAUCAACACCAGUAGCUCAAACACCAAUAAAUAUAUCAAUAAAUGAACAAUUAACAACAAAUAAACUUGAUGGUACUGAUCCUCUAUCACAAUUUGCACGUGAUGAAUUAGAUCCAUUAACUAAAAUGGCAACAGAUGAAUGGGAUUAUUCAUCAACAUUUGAUAAUGAUGAUAAUAAAAAAUUAAAUAAUACAAAUAAUAUAAAUAAUAAUAAUAAAAAAUUAGAUGAAUCAUGGAAAUUAAUACGUAAUGAAAUAUUAAAUAAAUAUACAACAUCUGAAAAGUUAACAAUUGUAACAUCAUUUUUAUCUGAUGGUGAAAAAUCAAUUAAGCUACAACAAUCAACAACAACAAUUGGUGAUAAAGUACGUAAACGUUUAGAACAACUUGAUGAUUUUGAAGAUAUAACAAUACGUAAAAUGUCUGAUUUAACACAACAAGAAUAUGUUAUUAAAAUUGAACAAUUAAAUAAUGAAUUAAUACAAGCAUGGAAUACUGAUCAACGUGUUAAAUCAUUAAAAAUAGCAAUACAAUGUUCAAAACUUCUUGUUGAUAUAACUGGUAUUGAUUUUUAUCCAUCAAAAUUUAUAUUAAUAACAGAUAUACUUGAUAUAUUUGGUAAAUUAGUAUAUGAACGUUUAAAAUUAAAAUCUGAACAAUAUAUUAAUGAUAAUGAUAAAAAUAAAAAAAUAAUAUUAACAGAUAAUUUUACGUCAGAUAUGAUACCAGAAAGUGCUAAAGAAACAUGUAGAAAUUGGUUUUAUAAAAUAGCAUCAAUACGUGAAUUAGUACCACGUCUUUAUCUUGAAAUAUCAAUAUUAAAAUCAUAUUCAUUUUUAAAUAAUGAUGAAUAUAAUAAUGCAUUAAUACGUUUAACUAAAAUGAUACGUGGUAUUGGUAAUCCAUUAAUAUCAAUAUAUGCACGUUGUUAUUUAUGUCGUGUUGGUAUUAAUUUACCAAUAAAUAAUACAUUUAAUUUUAUAUAUAAUAAUUUUAAUGAUUUUUUAUUAAUAUAUCAUCAAUUAUUUAAUAAUCAUAUUAAAAUGUUAAUAACAAAACAAAAUAUAACACAAUAUAUUUAUUUAAAUUUAUAUAAACCAGCUUUAGAUUGGAUUAUUAAAAUAAUGAUUGAUACAAUAACAAAUGAUAAUAUAUUAAUUGAUAUAUUAAAUAAUAUUAAAAAACAAAAAUAUUGUGGUUUAUUAUUAAAUUCAAUAUUUAUUGGUUUUAAAAAAUCAUUUAUAUCAUCACGUGUACUUGAAUUUAUUGAUUUAAUUGGUAAAUGUGAUAAUGACAGUGGUUAUCCACAAUAUAUACUUUAUCGUAAUUUAACUGAAUGUUUAACUGAUGAAUUAUUACCAGUUGAUGUAUCAUUAAAAAUUAAAAAUAUCAUAUGGCAAUUUAUUAUUAAUUUAAAAGAUACUAAAAAAUUUAUGUAUUGCACUGAAAUAUGGAUAAAAUUUGUCAUUAAAAAUUUUAAUAUAAAUGAAUUAAAUAAUAUACUUGGUGAAAUUAUAAAUAAUAUAUCAUCAUUACGUAAUAAAGAAAAUUAUUAUAAACAAUUACAAUUAAUAAUUGAUAAUAUGUUAAAAAAAAUUAAUGACAUUGAAUUAUUAUUAAUACAAGAUAAUUUUUUGCCAAUAAUUGAUUUAUUUCAUAAAGAAAAUAUUAAAAUUGAUGUUUGUAAAAAUAUUAUUGAUACAUUUUAUAAACAACAUGGUAUUAUUAUUGAUCCAAUUAUUAUUAAUUCAUUAAUAUUUUUAACUAAAAUAAUGCAUGAUAGUGUUACAGCAUUAACUGUUGAUGAUGAAAAACGUCAAAUUGGUAAUUUAAUAUGUUUAUUUAUUCAACGUGUUAAUUAUGAUAGAGAUUUUGAAAAACAAUUAAAUUUUUAUGUUGAAUCAAGAGGUAUAUUUACAAAUUUAGAUAUUGUUAAUAUACAAUUAGUACAAUGUGUUAAUCAUCAAUCAAUUGAAACAAGAAAAAUUGUACGUGGUUAUCAUACAAGAAGAACAUCAGCAUUUGUACGUGCAUGUGCUGCAUAUUCAUUUAUAACAAUACCAUCAUUAAAAAAUGUACAAAUACGUUUACAAUUAUAUUUAUUAUCUGGACAAAUUGCAUUAUUAAAUCAAUGCUAUGGACAAGCUGAUGCUUGUUUUAAAGCAGCAUUAACACUUGUACAAGAUAUGCCAAAAAUUAUUGAUAUUGAUGGACGUAAAAAAACUUCUGAUAUAUUUUUAAUUGGAUAUUUAUCAAAUUUUUUAUCAACACUACUUGUUGUUCCUGAUAGUCCAGAUAAUGGUGUAUUAUAUUUAAUGAGAGGUUUAUUAAAUGUUGUUAAACGUUAUUUUGAUGAUAAUUCAAUUGUUAAAUAUCAAUUUUAUCUUAAAGUGUUGGAUUUAUUGGCAACAAUGACUCGUGAAAAUUAUCCAUAUCAUGUUGAUAAAGUUGAUUCAAAUGAUAAAUUAUAUGGAAGUGAUGAUAAAUAUAUUGGUGAAGUUGACAAAAUUUGUGGUAUUAUUUUAAAUGAAAUAUUGGGAUUUUUAAAGCAUCUUGGAAAUACUGAACAGUUUGAUAAACAAAGUGCAAUGGCUGUUGAAUUAUUUGGAAGAAUUUUAAUGAGAGGUGAUUUAACGAAAUCCAGUAUGGCUAAUUUGGCUGUUAGUUUAUGGAAUUUAUCACAAAAACAUGGAUGUGCUGAUCCAAAAAUGAGAGCAAAAACCAUCGAAUACAUGAAGAGAAAAAGUCGAGAUCCAAAUUUUGAACAUUUGUCUGAAAUUCUUUGUAAAAUAACACAAAAAUUAUAAUUUUAUUUUUUUAAUUUUGU